AUGGCGCCCAAUUCCUCAGCAGCAAAGGCCGCGGAGCCCUCAUUACGGCGCAAACGAGUUCCCGCGGGCGUCUCGAGAACCGAUUCUGACGACGAGCUCGUCGUCGACCAUGUUUCGUGGGAGUGGAUCUACAAUACUGAACCAGCUGCCGAGGGCCAACCCAACGAAGCGCAGAGCGAUCGGAAAAGGAGAAAGGUGUCAGGGGACAAGAUUGUGGGCGCGCGUAUCGGCCAGUUCGAGUGCCGGGUCGGAGACUGCGUUCUGCUGAAGGCGGAUGGGUCGAAUGAGGCUUGGGUAGCCCUCAUCUGCGAGUUCGUCGAUGAUGAUGGCGAUGGGGAGAAGGCGGCCAAUUUCAUGUGGUUUUCAACCGAGAAGGAGAUCCGAAACAAAGACAAGAAGCGUUCCGACUUCCACUGGAACGAGCUCUACGUCUCGCCAUCAUGGGACAUCAACCCCCUGGCCUCGAUCAACGGCAAGGCCAAGGUUACCUCCCUCGAUGUCUUCCUUUCGAAAUACCCACAUGGCCGUAUCCCACGUCAAUCUCCCGACUUCGGUAAGACUUUUGUCUGCCGCCGAGGCUGUAACACUCGUACGGCAACCUACACCGACGAGUUCAUAUGGGAGGAGGUAUAUCGUAGCGAGGACGACAUUUAUUCCCUGAUAGAGCUAGUGGAAAAUGGAACCAAGGCGACUCGAAAAAAGAGAAAGGUUCGGAGUCCGUCUCCCCAAGACGCUCCCUACCACCCUCCUCAGACACCGACGAAGACAGGCCGGGGGGUGGCAACGACGCCACAGUCCCGGAGAAGUCAAGCUGAGCCGGGAUCGCGGGUAAAAAGGAGCGCCAGCAAAAGGCUCGAAUUUACCCCAUUAGCUACCCGAAAGCUCUCACCAAGCAACAUCGAAUCAUCGCCAUUUCAAAUAGCUCGCUCUCGACUCCAUGUUUCCUCCGUCCCAACUAGUCUCCCCUGCCGAGAAGGCGAAUUCUCUCUCGUUUACUCCCAUCUUGAGGCCGCUAUCACCGAUGGAACUGGAAACUGCAUCUACAUAUCUGGCACGCCUGGAACCGGCAAGACGGCCACGGUCCGCGAAGUCAUCUCGCGACUCGAGGAGGCUGUGGGCUCCGACGAACUCGAUGACUUCAUCUUUGUCGAGAUUAACGGUAUGAAGAUCACCGAUCCUCAUCAGUCUUAUACACUCCUGUGGGAGGCCCUCAAAGGCGAACGAGCAAGUCCUGCACAAGCUCUUGAUCUCUUGGAGCGGGAGUUCAGCAAUCCCAGUCCGCGACGAAUUCCGUGUGUUGUUCUGAUGGAUGAGCUUGAUCAGCUGGUCACCAAGAAUCAGGCUGUCAUGUAUAAUUUCUUCAACUGGCCGACACUGCGGCACAGUCGUUUAAUCGUUCUCGCCGUCGCCAACACUAUGGAUCUUCCCGAGCGAACGCUCAGUAACAAGAUCAGCAGUCGUCUAGGUCUCACUCGAAUCACUUUUCCCGGAUACAACCACGAGCAACUUAUGAGGAUUAUUCAGUCACGUCUGGAGGGAGUUCCCGGCAAGAUUGUAGACCCGGAUGCUAUUCAGUUCGCUAGUCGAAAAGUAGCGGCCGUCAGCGGAGAUGCCCGUCGAGCAUUGGACAUUUGCCGCCGAGCUGUCGAGCUCGCCGAAGCCGACGUCCCGGGCGAUCCCACCACGCCCAGCAAACGAGAGCGACUGGCAGAGUCUCAGGGGCAACUACGGGGCAUCGGACGAGUCACUAUUGCCACUAUCAAGAAGGCCAUUAACGAGGCCACCACCAAUCCCAUUCAGCAACACCUCCGCGGUCUUCCUGUCAUGUCGAAACUCCUUAUGGCAGCGCUGCUAUUGCGUACCCGUCGGGCGGGCCUGGCCGAGACGACAUUUGGCGAGGCUCUGGAUGAGAUCCACCGGGCCUACCUCCGAGCUCCGCCUGCGUUGCCCGGUAUGGUACAAGUCCUUUCCAAUGGCCUAAAGGGAACACAGGCUGGCGGACACCGCCAGAUGUCGAGGCCUGGCCAUGUCCAUGCGGCGGCUCUUGACCUGGUGGCGGCCGGCCUCAUAAACCUCGAGGCCCAUCGCGCGGAGCGGUCAAGCAAACUGCGUCUGGCCAUCGCAGACGACGAAGUGAAGAUGGCACUCCGUGACGACGGAGAUCUUAGAGCCCUGGGUAUUGGUGUAUGA